AUGCCGGGCCCGAACAAUGAAUUUCACGGUACAUUUUCAACGAACCCCGAUGGAGCCUUCGAUUACUCUUUCAACAGCCCCCAAUCGGAUUACGGAGAAGAUUUCGUGGAGUCGUUGCGCAAAAGCCGGUCUAACUUUGGCUACGAGGAUCGGCGACGAAGUAUCCCGGACUGCCGUGAUCUCUUCGCGCAGGAUCAUCGUAAAUGGCACCAACAAGGCGGUUACGGGCAUGCGGCUACCUCUCGCAUAAAUGGGCAGCAGGCUGGCACUUCAAAGUUCGAGCGCUGCUUCUCAGAUGUGAUUGGCAAUGACAACAUGGCUGGAAUGGAGUGUCUUCCACCGCCUGCACAAUGUUCAACACCAGCUCCGCCCGUAGCGCACCAAUUCAGCGAGGCUGAAAUCUACCUAAUUGGUUCACUCCGCGUUCCACUGGGAAAAUUUGCGGAAACAUUGGAGAAGUACCCACCGCCUCCACAGUAUUACCGCUUGCCGGCCGUUGAGAAAGUAGCGUUCGUCUUUUAUGCGGCACUUUGGGAGCGCCCUUACUAUGACAUCGACGUCUUCCACAAGCAGUUCAAUCGCGAAUUCUACAACUUUACGGCGAAUGGUGUCGAGGAUGAGGAAGCGCUGUACCGGAUUUGUUCGGAGAUGCAAGGGCGCUACCUUCAACUUAUGAAGAAGCAAAAAGUCGAUGCGCUAAAGCAAAGCUUUCAAGAAAGGGACGACAGGCGGGACCCAACCGAAGAUGGCUAUCAGGAUAAAGAAAAUGUUCCAAACGAUCAUGGCGGGGUUGGGAGAAGGCGCUCACACCUGAUACAGAAACCGCUAUUUGCUAGUCCAAAAAUCCAAAUCGAUGGGAAGACGAAGCGGCUUAUUGAUACGAUCCAAAUGUUCCGCGGACCCUUGCACCCACAAACACCAUCGCAUCAGGUCACUCUGUAUAUCGAGCGCCAAAUUGCCAAAAUCAUUCGCGCCGAUUUGGGACAUGGGAACGCAGCGACUGACGCACUGGUGGAUUGUCUUGUCCUGUGGCAGCUUCUGCAUACAAUCGUACAACAGCAUGGCAAAGUAACCGGGCCCGAUAUGGCGCGCCUUCUCCUCGCAAAUGGUGCUCGCGUGGCCCCUGUUGAGGCAGCCAUUCCGAUAUUGCAAAAUGCGGCCAUCGACGAGGAGAGCCGAAAGGCUUUUGACGACUAUCUCCUGAAAGGUCACAUUGAGGAAGCAAUCGAAUUGGCCGUCAAAUACGAUAUGUUUGCUGAAGCGCUACUUUUGGCUAGACGUGUGUCACCUUCAAAGCUCGAUGAAAUCGAGAUGCAAUACAUCGGCACUCGACUGCACGAUCAGCCUAUGACAACGUUGCUCACCGUCGCUGCCAACCACAAGCCGCCUGUAUUGGUUAGCCCUCCUGUCGAUGAUUUCGUCAGCUGGAGAACCCAUACGGCGAUCGUGCUUGCCAAUCUGAAUACGCCGUGCGCCAUGUCGACUAUAUAUGAGAUGGGGAAAUUCCUAGCGACGAAGAAUUGCCACGCAGCCGCGGAUUUCUGUUUUCUCGCGGUCGCCCUUCUGAAUGACAGCAACGUUUUCGCACCACCUGCAAAUGGCACUUCUGGAUCCAGGGAACACAUCUCACUGCUCAAUGCCAGUCUCCCGAAUGAUGAGGAAAAUUCGACAAAUUGCGCCUACGGCUUUUCGUUGACUGAUCUUCACGCAACGGAAAUCUUCGCGUACGGCCUCUCGCUUUCGAAAGGAUACAGCCCGCUCGCUGGCUCCAUAGAAUUCCAGAGCGCCAGGGUCAAAUACGCGCAGCUUCUCGCCGAUCUGGGCCUACCGAGAAAUGCUUUUGGUUUUGCGACAGGAAUCGCUGCGCAGAUCUGGGACAACUACAAUCUUUUCCCUGCUACGAUGCUAAACGAACUUUGCAGCAUCGCGGAGCAUACGUUGACGUCGAAUGAGGAUCCGAAGAGUGCGGGGACCUGGAUUCCGGAGCUCCGUAACCGUAUCGCAACUCUGGGAGCAGUGCCCAUUCCACAAAUCCAGCCUGAGAAUCUUCCUACGCCAACAAUCCAGAGCCCGCACUACCAAGCAGUUCAACGUUCCACCGUUCCAAUGACGAGCGAUACCGGCGACAACGUAUCUGACCAACGCGAGAACACCUCGCAACCGGAUGAGGCUCCGAGCACCGUCGUCGCUUCUGGAAGCUCCGAGUCCGGGCGACCUGCCAAGCCGUCGUUCAGCAUCCAGACGAUGGAAGGUUCUACGAACCCACCGCAGACUCCCUCCUGCGCCCCACCCAGCAGAAACGCACCAGAAACUGAACGAGAGCCGGGAACGCCCAGUGUUGCUGAGACUGUUCAGGUCAAUCUGGCGCCUACGCCCUCCGUUCCCCUGCAGACCCAUGCACCAGCCAAUUUGUCCCCCAUCAAGUCCAACGUGAACGCACCUGAGCCGAAGCCCGAUCAAUCCCCUAAAUCGAAGGGUUCCAGGGACGCUCAGGGAUGGCUCACCGGGCUAAAAUCCACGCUCGCCACCAAGUUCAUUCGCGGUCGUAACGAGGUCCACCUGCCAGAUGACAGCAACAAAAAGAUUGUCUACGACGAAAAACUCGGCCGCUGGCUGGGCGAAGGUGUCGAGGAAGAAGAGGCCCCGCCACCACCUCCCGCUGUUAGGACGAGCCCCACCCGUCCUUUGGCCCAGUCCAGAACCGCACCGGCAGUCUCUGGACUACUGGCGGCACGAAGCGGAAAUGUUCCGCGAUAUUACAACGGCUUCGGCAGCAGCUCGGUCACCAAGACAGACAAUGUGCCACCUCCGGACGCACUCUACACGCCGCCUACCCAACAAUUCGGCUUCAUCCCGCGCAUGCCGGACUCGGACCCGAAUUUCGACCCUUUCUCGCCGGCCCUGCCCGAAGUCAAAGUUGAAAGCUCGCAGUGU